AAGGACAGCUCCAGUGGUAUUCAGUGGUUAGUGGUAUAGACAGUUUACUGAGAAAGAGUAUUUGACUCUGGUUAGUUUUCAACUUUAGUAACUUUUAUGUUUAGUAACCUUAGAGUUAACUCAUUUUGAGGCUUCAGCACUUUUUGAGAGAGCGCCAAGAGAGCUCUUUCCCCUGAGAAACCAACGAGACCUCCAUUUACUUUUCAAUACCCUCGUCUUGACCACACCAACAUCCAGCAAAGAUGUACAGCAGCAACAGCUACUCGCAGGCCAAGUUUGGCCUGGAGGCCAAGGACGCCCACAAGCCAAAGGGAAAGAGCUGCGGCUACUACAUGAGGCUCGUCUUCUUCUUCUCCUCUCUGAUCCAGUCCCUCAUCAUCGUCAGCCUGGUGCUCUUCCUGGUCUACGGCCAGCCAGAGAAGUCUGCUGAAGAGAGGAGGGUGGAGGAGCUGGAGCAGAGUUUGAACAGGAUCAGCGAGAACAACAUUAACCUGAGGAAGGAUAAAGCUGACCUGGGAGCUGCGCUGGGGGCCAGGACGGCUGAGAAGACUGCCCUGGAGGGAGAGGUGGCCGCACUGAAGAAAGCAGCUAAUGCCUCAGGGGAGCAGAUCAAAGCCCUCAUACUGAAAGCGGUGAGGAGAUGGGACUGUAACAUUAUGAUGCAAUAUGAAUUGAUACUGGCUAAUUUUUUGUUAUUCUUUUUAAAAAUAUUCAUUUAGAUAUUGUGAGCUGACGUACAUUACUAGAAGCAUAUAGUGUGCAGGAAUUAUUUUGGCAUUAGAUCUGAGAAAUUAUGAAUAUACAGAGAAAAUUAUACAUUUAUGAAUUAUUUGUUAAACUGGUUCUGCUGCAAAUUUUUUAUCAGGUCUCUCUUGUAAAAUGAUUAAUGUUUUUAUCUCAGUGGUAAGCACUUACAUGACUAUAAUGCAAGGAUAUCUGCACACUAACUUUGCUUCCAAAAAGUGACGGUUUAUUUCAAUUAGAGGAGCAUAGCUAAUAUUUAUGAAGACAAAACCUGACACUUUCUUUAAUCUGUUCUUUCCUCCACAGAGCCAUUGUGAAACAGAAAGGAAGAAAUUAGAGAUGUUCUGUGGUACCCCUGUCCGGUGUCCCACCAUCCCCACAACUCCUAACAGUACGUUACUAUUUGCCCUUUGUCACUCAGGGUUAGGUGUAGCGUUCCAUUCUAAUACUGUGAUGGAGACCUGCCACAGUGACACAGUACAUUGACCCAACAGUUCAAUGUAAUAACAACAAGUAACAACAAUUUCUGAUGUAAUAUAUUUUCUCCUCAGCUGAGGUAAAAACCCUCCAGUUUCUGAACUCCCAGCAGGCAGCGAUGAUCAAACUGAUCGAAGCCAACUUCACCCAGACCAACCAGUAUAUCCGCAUGGAGAGGGACAAUGCCAUCAAGGACCGCGAUGCCCACAACCUUGAGACCAUCUCUUUGCGGAGGGAGAACACCAACCUGAAGGAACAGCUGAACCUCUACACCCAGAAGUGUAAAGAGGACUUUGCCAAGUCUCUGGAGGGGAUCCAGACGGUGACCAGUAACUUCCUGGUGCGCAUCGACAACCUGUUCCCCCACUCCAUGACCUUUCACCUGACCUGUGAGAAGCAGACAGAGCAAAUGGAGAACAUCAGGGCCAGAUGCUCCAACCUGUCUAAAGAGGUUGAGAACAAGUUCCAGACAUACCUGGACAACGUGGGGAACAAGGUAUGUGGAGUACACCAGACCUGGGUCAAAUAUAUAUGUCACAUACUUUGAAAGUAUUGGAGGUGUGUUAAAUUUAGCUUGGAGUUUACAGGUUAGCCAGGUGUCCCAGUCUGUUUCUGCUUUACCCAACCUCUUGGCGUAACGGUUAAGGUGUUGGUUGACAGUCGCUGGACCCGGGUUCAAGUCCCGGUUGGGGAUACCCCCCGAAUUCGCUACAAUAUGUUAUCCUCUUCAUCCAGGUGGCAAACAUCCAGACCCAGUCCAGUCGCCUGGAGGUCCAGAACAGCCAACUGACCCUUGACCUCCAGCAGUGUCGUCACAACCGCAGCGUGACGGCGGCGGAGGGCAGCAGGCUGCUGCUGGAGACCCGGGAGAACCACGACAGGCAGGUGGAGACCCUGCUGAAGGAGCAGAACCGACUGAGGGAGGAGAAGAGCUUGCAGGGAGAGAGACUGGCUCUGAGGGAGGCUGAAGUCAACACACUCAAAGGGAAUGUCCAGUCACUCACUGCCAACUGUAACGCUAAGGUAAGAGAGCAAGGGAAUAAUAAUUGUGCACAUUAUCAUAACUUUAGAUAGCAAGCAGAUCCAGCCAAAGAAGCUUGUUAUCAGUGGGACCCUAUGGUAUGAGUGAACUACAUUACCAGCACACUACAACCCUACAUUAGCAGUUGAGCAAUGUAACCCAAGGAAACACUGUGUCCCUACCAUCCUCUGGAAUGUGAUUUGUGGCCAUCGAUAAUGUUGUCCUGGUGCAUAGCUAGGAGAAAGACUGUCAGCAUAAUAGUGGUGGUGGGGGGGCACAGGAAGAGACAGACAGACUAGAUAAAGGAGGGACAGGCGGACAAUAACAACCACACGUCAGGAGGAGGAAGCACAGUUUGACAAAUGGUUUGUUGGUAGCUACAGGCUACGGGGGUCUCAUACCGAUUAAGAACUUCACUGUUUCAAGUGUGUGUCAGUGCGCUUUUUGAAUUUUGCUAUGUCACAAGUAAUGUGACGAGUGCAUAAAGCAUUGGGGAUCAGGAGGAUCUGCAGUGUAAAUUUGUUGGCUGGUAAAACUCAUAAAGCGUUGGGGAUCAGGAGGAUCUGCAGUGUAAAUUUGUUGGCUGGUAAAACUCAUAAAGCGUUGGGGAUCAGGAGGAUCUGCAGUGUAAAUUUGUUGACUGGUAAAACUCAUAAAGCGUUGGGGAUCAGGAGGAUCUGCAGUGUACAUUUGUUGACUGGUAAAACUCAUAAAGCGUUGGGGAUCUGCAGUGUAAAUUUGUUGACUGGUAAAACUCAUAAAGCGUUGGGGAUCAGGAGGAUCUGCAGUGUAAAUUUGUUGGCUGGUAAAACUCAGUCCGUUUGUGAUGUUUUGUCUGUAAUGCAGCUCGCCGGCCCAAAGCCUGCUGGACUGAUGUCAUCCUUGAAGGGGGGACCAUCUAUUGGAGCGCCAGUGAUCAGUAAACCCCCCAUGGUACAGACACACGACUGACUCUCAUAGUCACUGGUGUUACACUCACUGUCAACUGCAGAAAUAAAGCUUGAAUAAAUAAAAAUAACUCCAUUACACGAUCAAAAGAUCAGUUUGAGAUGACAUUGAUAAACUGAAAGUGUUGAUCUCCUAAUGCUAGAUGUUGUAAUGAUAAACCCAGUAAAAAAAAAUCAUCAGACACCACAUCGUAAUCAUUUUACUGAUGCGGCUAUGUUUGUUCCUUCUGGUGAGGUGAGGAAGAUGGCCUACCUGGGCCAUGACAGAGUGAGAAAAUGAAGGGACUUACUGAUAUGGUCCCUGGAGGAUUGGGUGUGGUGCCUUUCAAUGAUCAACGUGUGCUCUUAGACUUUAGAAUAUCCAUGUGUAAAUACUACAGACACUAUAUGUUCUAUCUACUGUCCUACAUGAUGUAUACUGAACAAAAAUAUAAA